AUGCAUUUGUUUGAUAAUAGCAGAGAUAUGGAAAAUCGAAAGAGAUUGCUAUGUGCUAAGAAAGUCGCAGGCAAUAACAAGUGCUUUGAAUGCAAGAGUGCCAAUCCACAAUUUGUUUCUUCGAGCUUUGGUAUAUUCAUUUGUGUCAAUUGCGCAAACCUUUUGAGAGGUUUAGAUGCAAACUUGUUCUAUGUAAAAUCUAUCACAAUGGACAGCUUUGAAGAAAAGGAUAUCCGGAAGGUGGAAAAAAGUGGAAAUUUUAGAUUUGGCUGCUUUCUGUCCAAAAACGGUAUUAUGCAAAACGGAACUCCAUUACGUGACAAAUACGAUAAUUUGUUUGCUAAAAGCUAUCGGAGAAGGUUAAACAAUGAAAUCCGUGGUAAGGACAUAAACGAGAAUAUGUAUUUGGGUUUUAAUAACUUCGAGCAGUAUGCAGAUGGUGCUAUAAACCAAAAUAGAGGUCCAGCAUUAAAAGAAAUAUCUGGGAACAUUAUCAAUUCAGAGGGCGCUGAAUUUGUACUACCGGAUAAAGCGCUUGGAACUCGCAAUUUCCAAGACUGCGAAAGGUUUCCGAACCGUUUGAGAUCCCGAGAAUACCAGAAUGAUAAUGAUAUUACAAGUGCCUCAAGUACGCUGACCAUCGAAAAAUUCCAGAAGGACCCAAUUGGUACUAUUUCAAAAAGCUGGCUGUUACUUUCAGACGCGCUGCACAAAUCAUAUGAAGACUUCAAAGGCACGAUCGUCCAGCCAACGAUUGAGAAUAUUCAACAAAGGAAUUUGUCGGAUGACCUCAAAAGAUCAUUAGUGCACUUUAAUGAAAAAAUUCAUGAGACGUCCCAUUUACCCUUGCCAGUAUUCUCUUGUUUUACUGGAGAAGACAUUCUUCCUUCAGAGUUCAAUUAA